AAUUUUGCUGCAGCCAUUGCCGCAGCCACGAUGCCGAAACGAAAGAAGCAGAAUCAGCAGCAGCCGCCGUCGCCGCAGCAGCAGCAGCAGCAUCCUUCGCUGUGCGAGCGGAACGAGCCUGGAGACGAGGAGGGCGAGCGUCCCAUUGGUCAGAGUGCAGCCUUCUGUGAACUACUCCCCCGAGGGAAGGAGAGGAGAAAAAUACUAUGAUGGGCCACCAGUUAAGGACCACCCAGCCUUCUGGGCCCUCCCCCCAUGGCUAAUGGGAAGCCGCGGGAUCCCAAGUCAGCUCUUCACAGGGGUCCUCCAGGAUCGCAGGGACCAAUGAUCCCACCACUGCUGAGUCUCCCACCUCCUCCCCGGGGCAGAGGCCACAUCCGGGGAGGCCUUGGUCCUAGAUCUAUCCCGUACGGUCGUGGUUGGUGGGGUGUCAAUACUGUACCUCCUUUUCCUGGGCCAGGCCAUGGGGGUCCCUUUAGGGACAGCUUUCACAAAGAGCCAAGAAAUCCACGAAGGCUCAAAAGCUGGUCUCUUGUCAGGAGCACCUGCCCACCUAUGGACGGCCCCCAGGGGAUGGAAGACAAGUCCGACCGCCCUGUCUGCCGACAUUUUUCCAAAAAGGGCCACUGUCGAUACGAAGACUUUUGUGCCUUCUACCAUCCAGGCGUCAAUGGACCUCCUCUGUGAGACAGUGCCUUCCCCCCCAGGCUGGAAAGAGCCCUCCAACCUAGUGGGCAUGCAUUCUCUGUGGUCCUGUAGAGCUACUUGAAGGCUCUUCCAUCACCUCCAUCAGUGACACGUCCACCCCAUUCAUCGUCAUCACCUCCCCCAUUUGGGGUCCAGAGUUGUGAUUGUCACUGGUGCACACAGUGUCCUCUGAUCCAGGCUCUUCAGGACCCACCUGGCUCCCUUCCACUGCCUCCUGGGUCUUCCCCUCUGCCAAACGACUGCUCAACAGGAAACCUUUGGUGCUGUUCCCUGUGCUUCUGUCCCUGUCCCCAGUACAGCCCUGUUCCCGCGACCCCUGGAGCAGUCUUUGUCCUCUAGCUGCUUGUGUUAAGUCCUUUGGUGUGAAACCUCAGUGUUUGCAGCUGCCAGGAAAUCCCCAGGUUGUCUGGGCUUGGGGUCAAGUGUGAGUGACUGGUACAGACUUGCUCCCUGAACAGCCUCCCCUGCUCUUGGACAUCCUAGUUUCUGUCAGUAGCAUGAGCCCCACUGCUAAGGCCAUGGUCACUGGGCUUUGUGGAACUGUGCAUCCCUCUGUACCCUUCCUCAGUGUCGUGGCAUUUUUGUGACUUCCAACACUAGAGUAAGUUUUUCUGCCAAAUCCUGUGAGGCUCUCAGUGCCCUGGACCUCACCCACCUCCAACCUGGGAGAAUGUGAGGCUUCUGGCUGCCUCCCUGCCGUGCCCUCGCUCCUGGUGUCAGCUCACUCUGAGUCUCACAGGUCAGUGAUGUCUUGUAAACCCUCAGGCGGGUCUCCUCAGCCAGCUCCCGCCUGGCCUGUUUUAGUUAGGCUGUCAUUGUGAGGCCACCAGCUCUUUCAUUUGAAUCCUGUGAAUCUCCACCUGGCCUUGGCCUGUCUGGGUGGAACCUGAACAGUCUGUCAUCUCUGAACGUCUUCUCUCCCGUCCCUGGCACGGGUUGUUUUCUGUGAAAACGGCAGUGAAGUUGUUGGGUUUUGAACAGGCCCUGAGGAAAUGCGUCAGGAGGUGUGGGCAAGAGAACUGAUGGAGCACUAAAAAUGGCUUUUUUUUUUUCCCUUUGUAACUUUUUUUAUAUUAGUAAUAAACAGUGGAAAU